AUGGCUAACAAUGACGAGGUGGUUGUGUUAAAGCGCCGCCGCGCGAUAAUCAUCGGUUCUUGCACUCGUGUUCGAACGUUCGCAGACUCAAUCGAAUCGGUCACGCCGCCCAUUGCGGCUCAACUUGAAGAACGCCGAGCUAAGUUAGACGGUUAUUGGUCAAGUUACGACGAAGUGCAAACGAAGCUGGAAUUGUGCGACGAGGCAGAGGCGAAUCAUCGCGUCACUUUCGAGGAAGCAUUUUAUUUUACAUCCGCUAAAUUACGCGAAUUACUCUCUAGCGCCAGUCAAAUGCGCCCCGCCGCCUCUCCAUCGCCGUCACCCUCAAUUUCCGGCGUCGUCAAUCAGUACAAUCAUAUCAAACUCCCUAGGUUGGACCUUCCGAAAUUUUCCGGUAAAUACGACGAGUGGUUCCCGUUUUUUGAUAGCUUUCAGUCUCUCAUACAUGCCAACCCGUCGUUAGAUAAUAUUCAAAGGUUGCAAUACUUGAAGGCCUCCGUCGUCGGCGACGCGGCAAAAAUAAUCACCGCGUUGGAAAUUUCUGGCACGAAUUACGACGUCGCGUGGAACCUGCUGAAAGAGCGUUACGAUAAUAAACGCGUCAUCGUUCAAAGCCACAUAAAGGCGAUCAUGGAUCUGCCGUCCAUGAGUAAGGAAAACGUCGUCGAGCUUCGUCAAAUCGCAGACGGUACUACCCGACACGUUCAAGCCCUCAAGGCUUUAAAGCGCCCCACAGCGCAAUGGGACGAUUUAUUAGUUCAAAUUUUGACUAGCAAACUAGACGCGCUCACUUCUCGCGAAUGGCAGUUGUCGCUGACGAGCUCGCAGCUGCCUACGCUAAAACAAUUCAUUGAUUUUAUCGCUCAUCGAUGUCAAACUCUCGAGGCCAACGGUAAGCCAGCUGUGCCGGCACAAGCACAGCAUAAUGCGAGGCGCCAGUCAUGUCUCGCGACGGUGAAGGCUAAGUGCGUGUUUUGCAAGGGCGAACACUUCAUAUAUCAUUGUCAAAAAUUCUUAGCAUUGCCGGUUCGGCAAAGAAUUUCGGAAAUCCGAAAACGUAAACUCUGUACGAAUUGCCUGCGAUCCACUGAUCAUGCCUCGAACAAAUGCCCAUCAGGCAGUUGUAAAAUUUGCAAUUCCAAGCAUAAUUCAUUGCUUCACCUUACCGCCGCCAUUUCAACAAAGUCCGACACUCCAAAUCCGCGCGAAUCACCCGUGGAUGACAAGGGGGAGGGGGCACCUCCGGCGAGUUCUCCUACGGCCCUUGUCACACACAGCGCGAACUCGCCUGUUCACAACUGCGUUAUGUUAUCCACUGCUGUUGUGUCCGCACACGACAGCAAGGGCGCUCUUAAAUCCUGUCGCGUACUUUUGGAUAGUGGCUCACAAGCCAAUUUCAUUUCGCAACGCUUCCUGGACACGCUCGGUCUUAGAACUCGUGCCUCGGAAGUCUCCAUUUCGGGAAUCAACAAGACAACUACAAGAUCAUUGCGAGCAGUCGAAGUUCAUUUACAGUCGCGCAUAAAUUCCUUCAAUAUUUUAUUGGAUUGCAUUGUCACUGAUCAUGUAACUGAUAAGCUUCCGGCCUUUACUAUCAAAAGGAGUGCCUUUGAAAUUCCACAAAAUAUCAAGUUGGCUGAUCCGCAGUUCAACGUCGCGUCAGAAAUCGAUCUUUUAAUUGGCGCGGAGCAAUUUUGGCGCUUGCUCUGCGUAGGGCAAAUCAAAUCUUCGCCGACUCAACCCAUCCUUCAGAAAACGCGUUUCGGGUGGAUUCUAGCCGGGCGACUCGAUAAUUCAUCGACUUCCAGACAAGGCGUGCAGUCUUUUCACGCUUCAAUUUCUAACGCGCAAUUACAACAACAAUUAUCACAAUUUUGGCAAAUUGAGGACAUAACUCAGACCUCGGACGAUCACAGUGUCGAAGAGCACCUUUGUGAGCAACAUUUCUUGCAGAAUCUGUCCCGAGACCCGCAGGGCAGAUUAAUCGUGAAGCUUCCGUUCAAGGAGCUCGCCUCUAUCACCCUCGGCGAUUCAAGAGGAGCCGCCUUAAAACGAUUGUACGGUAUCGAAAAACGAUUCAAACUCAAUCCCAAUUUAAGAACUCAGUACUCGGAGUUCAUGAACGAAUACUUGGCCCUAGGCCACAUGAAGGCAAUUGACGAGCAGUCCGAUAAUAAUUCAGAAUCCUUUUAUCUCCCGCACCAUUGCGUGUUCAAGUCUAAUCAGGGUCGCGAUAAGAUUCGUGUAGUCUUCGACGCGUCGGCCAAAGGCUCAACCGGUACUUCCUUAAACGAUGUGCUCAUGGUUGGACCAACCGUCCAACAGGACUUAUUUUCAAUUUUAGUACGAUUUCGCACAUUUCGCUUCGUUCUCACCGCUGACAUCAUCAAGAUGUACAGGCAAGUGUUGAUUUAUCCCUCACAAACACAUUAUCAACGCAUUCUUUGGCGGGACGAUCCCGCCUCCGACGUCAAGGCUUACGAGCUAGUCACAUUAACUUACGGCACGUCGUCGGCGUCGUACCUAGCAACCAGAUGCCUCAAAUGGCUGGCUGAUCAUUACGCGGACGAAUUUCCCGCCGGUUCCGCGUGUGUGGAGCGAGACUUUUAUGUCGACGAUAUGCUCACUGGCGCCGACACCGUGGAAGAGGCCCUAGCAAUUCGCGACCAGACAAUCGAAGUGCUACGUGCGGGCGCCUUCGAACUCAGUAAGUGGGCUUCCAAUUGUUCGGACUUACUAACGGAUGUCGAGAAACAAACCCAUGUCCCUGUUACUAUUAACAAGGGCACGGAAUCGUCCAUAUUAGGCGUCCAUUGGGACCAACUCCAAGACACAUUACACUUUUCCUAUAAGCCCGACGCCGACCGUUCAACAAUCUCCAAACGCGUCAUACUUUCCGAAGUAUCUAAACUCUUCGAUCCUCUCGGGUUCUGGGGACCGGUCAUCGUUUCGGCAAAACUGAUCCUCCAGGAGCUCUGGCACUUGGGAUCUCACUGGGACGAAUCAGUUCCGCAAGAGCUUCACAUACGUUGGACGAACCUCAAGUCGCGCCUAGUUGAUAUCAAUAAACUCGCCAUUCCGCGCCAUGUCAAGCUCAAUGCGAAUUCACAGCCAAUGCAAGUCCACGGUUUCUGCGACGCGAGCCAAUUGGCUUACGGAGCAUGCAUUUAUAUCCGCACGAGGUCUCAAGACGGCACCUACAACACUGAAUUAUUGUGUUCAAAGUCUCGCGUUGCUCCCCUUAAGGCGAUCUCAUUGCCGCGUCUCGAGCUUUCAGCAGCCUUGCUAUUGGCCAACCUACUGAACAAGGUAAGGGCAUCAAUCACGAUAACUGACUCACAGAUCUUCCUGUGGUCAGAUUCCACUAUAGUCCUGAAUUGGAUAGCAUCGCCAUCGAGAAGAUGGUCAAUUUUUGUCUCCAAUAGAGUCGGUCAAAUUCAAAACUUGACUGAACCUAGCGACUGGCGUCACGUCAAAUCCGUCGACAAUCCUGCUGACAUUCUGUCGCGCGGCCUCGAUCCACAGAAGUUAGUAGAGUCUUCCAUGUGGUGGCAUGGACCUCCCUUCCUGAGAUUAGAUGAAGAACAUUGGCCCGAUUCUGGGUUCGUUCAUUCGAUUGAGGGCCUUCCCGAACAAAAAAGGUCCGUGACAGCCAUCUUGAUUGUCGAUCACUCAGUUAUAAAUGAAUUGUUAACCAGACAUUCAAACCUCAAUAAAGCAUGUCGCAUUCUCGCGUAUUGCCUAAGAUUUCUUAAGCGCUACCGUCCGAAGGAAUAUACCACAUUCGUGUCUCAUCAAGAAAUUUCAACCGCGUUACAAAUCAUGUGUAAGUUAACCCAGAAUCAAGCUUUUCCUCAGGAACACAAGGCCUUACGCAAAGGUCAUGCCCUUGAUACAUCAAGUAGCAUAUUAUCAUUAGCUCCGUUCAUUAGCGAAGACGGAUUAAUUCGGGUAGGAGGAAGAUUGGUCAACUCCGACUUGAGCUUUGAUGCAUGCCAUCCUAUCUUAUUGCCGCGAGAUCAUGCCCUAACCCGUCAUAUCAUAGAGCUUGAACACAGGCGCAACGCCCACGCGGGCGCCCAAGCCACCAUGGCAGCGGUGAGGCAGCGUUUUUGGCCAAUCUCUCUACGCUCAAUCACCCGAAAAGUAGUAAGGAAUUGCGUGACAUGCUUCAAGGCCAAACCCGUUCACUCAGAGGCAAUCAUGGGGUCAUUACCGGCAGGACGUGUAACUGUUUCAAGACCAUUCGCGCAUUGCGGCAUCGACUAUGCCGGCCCUUUCACAACCCGCGAAUCAAAGCGACGUAACGCUCGCAACCAAAAGGCGUACCUGGCGCUUUUCGUGUGCUUUGCCACGAAAGCCGUGCACUGCGAGCUCGUCAGCGACCUUUCCACGGAUUCCUUCUUGGCCACGCUUAAGCGUUUCGCGUCGCGCAGGGGAAGGCCGUCCUGUAUAUAUUCGGAUAACGGAACCACGUUCGUCGGGGCACAGAGACAACUUAGGGAGUUCUCUGAAUUUUUACGCAACGAAAAAACGCAAGCAGAAAUAACCAAUUUUCUGCGCGAACAAGAGACCGAGUGGAAAUUUAUUCCACCCAACGCCCCUCAUUUCGGUGGUCUUUGGGAGGCCGCCGUGAAAUCGGUAAAGCGUCACCUCCACAGAAUAGCUGGAAACUCACCACUAACCUUCGAAGAGUUGCAAACAAUUUUUUGUGAAGUAGAAGCAAUUUUAAAUUCGCGCCCUCUUACUCCGCUAAGCAACGAUCCAAAUGACUUAACCUAUUUAAGCCCUGGUCACUUCUUAAUAGGCACGACCUUGAAUAGCUUUCCUUAUCACGAUCUAAUCAAUGUAAGUGAAAAUAGAUUAGUACGUUGGCAGCGGGUCGAACAAGCCAGGCAGCAUCUCUGGCGCAGAUGGAGUCAGGAGUACCUCCAUACACUACAAGAACGUUCAAAGUGGAGAGUUAACAAGGGCGAGCAGCUGAAAUCCAACCAGAUGGUGCUGCUCAAGCAACAAGGCCUUCCGCCCAUGCAAUGGUUACUGGGCCGAGUUGAGGAAGUCCACCCUGGGCCAGACAACAUCGUGCGAACCGCCACUGUCCGCACAGCCAAGGGCGUGUACGUCCGGCCGCUAUCCAAGAUCGCUAUCCUACCAAUGGACGCGUAA